AAAGAUAACCGAUGAUGUUAGAACUGUUAGGGUACAGUAUACACAUAGUAUAGGGAACUGUUUUGCAGGAUGAUAAUAAAGCAUGUGAGAUGAUAAUAAAGAAUGUGAUAUGACAAUAUGACAAAGUUGUGAACAAUCGUUAAUCGCGUGAGUUAUGUUUAAGUUGGUAUAGAUUUCAUUAAAAUGUACACACUAGGCAACGUGCUAUUUGCCCAAAUGAUUCGUCUUAAUACAUGUGGUUAAUCGCAUGACAUGUCAUAAGACGGCUGAACAUAAAUCGUGUUUGAUAUGACAAUUGUAUACACAAUGAUAUUCGAUUUUUUCCGCGUAAAAUAGCUCGGGAAAAGAAUAAACAGUUUACAAGAGACCACUUUAUGUAUGUUCAGUGAAAAAAACGAAACUUACUGACACAAAACAAAGAUUUUUUGUUAAUAUUCGCCACCUGCCGAACUGGAUGAAAAUGUACGGAGCUAUAGAGAAAGACAUAGAAUCAGGGGACAUUCAACAGGAGCCCGUAACUCUUGGAAACAUCAUCAAAGAAACUGGCGACUGCGGGGCUUUUCAAAUUAUUGGAACGGUUUAUAACUCCUUUGCUUUAGUCGUUCUAUCCUGGAGCAUGCUGACUAUGGCAUACAGCGCGAGUGUUCCGAGAUUCACGUGCGUGGUAUUUCAAAAUGGAACUAAUUUGACGUCAUCCGACACGUGUGACGUAAACGGGACUGUGUGUGACGUCAUUGAAUACGACACCAACAUGCGGACGAUCGUCAGUGAGUGGGGUCUCGUCUGUGACCGGCAGUGGGUCUCGCAGACGAUCACCACCAUCCAGAUGUCGGGCAUGCUGGUGGGCGGGAUUUUCUGGGGUCACGUGUCAGACGGGAUUGGUAGGAAGCCAACUUUCUUCCUGAAUGUGUUCGUUCUAGGCGUGGCCAAUCUUAUCUCCUACUUCUCCGUGAACUGGCAAAUGUUCGCUUGCAUGAGGUUCAUCAUUGGUCUCGGCUGUACGGGGUGGAUGGCAGCGCCGCUGAUGUUCGAGUACAUUCCGAAUAGAUGGCGCGUGUAUCUCAUCGCCUUACCAAACUGGGCAUUAUGGGGCGGCGCCCUGGCGGCGUUUUGCUACUGGUCACGUGACUGGAAAGAUAUCCACAUUGUCAUAGCGGCGGGCUCGGGGUUGGUGAUGAUUGGAUGGUUCUAUUUUGUUGAAAGCUUUCGGUGGCUCGUCUCCAACGGAAAAGUGCAAUCCGCGGCAGCAGCAAUCCGUAAAGUUGCACGCGUAAAUCGCAGAUCUGAACCUAAUCUCACGAAGCUUUCUGUCGCCAUCGAAAAAGAGCAGAAGGAAGCCGAAGUGACUAAAUUGCUGAGGGUUUAUUCCGUAUUAGAUUUGUUUCGAUCACGCCAAACACGGAAGACAACAAUUUUGUUUGCUCUGAUAUGGCUGUUUUCUUCAUACAGCUACUACGGUAUCGCUUUCGGGGUCCAAGAGCUGUCGGGUAACUUCUACCUCAAUUUCUUCCUCGUCAGCGUCAUUGACAUACCCGGCGACUCUCUCGCGGUCCUCUUCAACACGUGGGGCGGCCGGAAGUGGACCUGCACCGGCCUCUAUGCAUUGGGAGGCGUGUUUGCGUUGCUUGUUGGACUAUUCAAAUUCCUAAACCUGUCUAUUUCCGGUACGUCAUUGAACGUGCUCGCUCUAGGAGCCAAGCUUUUUGUGGGCGCUGCGUGGGAUAUCAACACGCUGUGGUCUCAGGAGUCCUUUCCAACGGUCGUGAGAUUCAUUGGCGGAGGGUUCAUCAGCUCCGUAUCCAGGGUGGGAUCCAUGGUGGCCCCGCAGAUAAUCACGCUGAGUCGGGAUAUCAAAGGACUGCUGUACCUCGUUAGCGGCAUCGUAUGUCUGCUAUCCACUGGCAUGUGUGUAUUUCUGGACGAAACAAAGAACCGCGACCUUCCGGAUAUACUUCAGAAUUUUAACACGGACAAUAAGCGCGAAAAUGAAUAACAUGAGAAAAUUCUGACAUUUCUUAACGUGAGUGUAUUACAUAGAUAAAUAUUGACAUGUUUUUGGAAACGGGUAAAUGUGAUAGCACGAAUAAAUACUGACCUUUUUGAAAACCGCGCCAAGUGAAUAUCAAGAGGAAAUACUGACGUUGUUUUAAACGCGCCAAUGAAAAAACAUGGGCAAAUACUCACGGUUUUUGAGUGCCAAUAAAAUAACCAGAGGAUGGUACUUUUAAACGCGCCAAUUAAAUAACACUAGGAAAGAAUGACAUUCUUUGAGAGCGCCAACUGAAUUAUGCAAAAAAUAUUGACAUUUGUUGUAAAUAAAAUUAAUAAAACCAGGAAAUGCUUUAAA